AUGGAUAUUGACGAUAUUUUAAAAGAAUUUGAAGAGUCUUCAAAAGAUGAAAAGAUUAGCAGUAAAACAUCGUCUAUCAACUUAUAUCAAGACUUGCUAAGAGCUAUGAUCAACGAACGUAUGGCUCCGGAAUUAUUGCCAUACAAACAAGAUUUAAUGUCCACUGUUUUAACAAUGAUGUCUAACCAACAACAAUAUUUAUUAGAAUCUCACGAAUAUGGUGAUAUGAAUGGCGACAGUGGUGUAUUAUCCGGAGACUUUAAAUUACAACUAAUGAUUAUCGAAACUGAUUUAGAGCGUCUCAACUAUAUUGUUCGAUUAUACAUACGAACUCGAUUGAGUAAGUUGAAUAAAUUUACUAUUUUUUACAUCAAUGAAAGCAGUCAAAAUGAUAAUUUAUUGUCCAAAGAGGAAAGAGAUUAUAUACACAAAUAUUUCCAGAUUUUGACUCAAUUAUAUAACAACUGUUUCCUCAAAAAACUACCACAAAUGUUGACCUAUUUGGAUGACACCAGUGGUGGACAAUCAAUGAUCGUUGAGCCAGAUUUAGACCAGCCUGUGUUUAUCAAAUGUACCCUGGAAGUCCCAAUAUUACUAGAUUACGACGGUGCUACAGAGAUAGAUUUAGAAUUAAUAAAAAAGGGAGUCUACGUGGUGAAAUACAGCCUAGUCAAAAGAUAUAUUGAUAUUGGAGAUGUGGUAUUGAUAUGA